GAGCCUCCUCAGGGGACACGCCCGCUCUGUUCCUCCUUCUGAGCAGCACCAUGAGGUCCCUGUGGCUCUGCUGGGCACUCUGGGCGCUGCCCCUGACCCACCCCGGGGCGGCCAUGACAGAAGAGCAGAUCCUGGGCAGCCUGCUGCAGCAGCUGCAUCUCAGGGAGGUGCCCGUGCUGGACAAGGGCGACGUGGAGGAGCUGGUCAUCCCUGCCCCCGUGAGGGCCCAGUACGUGGCCCUGCUGAAGCGCAGCCACGGGGCCCCCUCCCGGGGGAAGAGGUUCAGCCAGAACUUCCGAGAGGUGGCCGGCAGGUUCCUGGUGUCCGAGGCCUCCACGCACCUGCUGGUGUUCCGCAUGGAGCAGCGGCUGCCCCCCAACAGUGAGCUGGUGCAGGCCGUGCUGCGCCUCUUCCAGGAGCCUGUCCCCAAGGCUGCGCUCCGCAGGCACGAGCUGCUCUCCCCACGCAGCGACCAGGCUCGGGUCACCAUCCAGUGGCUGCACGUCCGAGAGGACGGCUCCAACCGCACCUCGCUCAUCGACUCCAGGCUGGUGUCCAUCCACGAGAGCGGCUGGAAGGCCUUUGAUGUGACAGAGGCCGUGAACUUCUGGCAGCAGCUGAGCCGACCUCGGCAGCCGCUGCUGCUGCAGGUGUGGGUACAGAGGGAGCACCUGGGCCCGCUGGCCUCCAGCGCCCACAAGCUGGUCCACUUCGCCGCCCAGGGGCCGUCGGGUGCCAGGCAGGGCGAGCCCCAGCUGGAGCUGCACACCCUGGACCUCAGGGACUACGGAGCUCAGGACAAUUGUGACCCUGAGGCCCCGGUGACCCAGGGCACGCGCUGCUGCCGCCAAGAGAUGUACAUUGACCUGCAGGGGAUGAAGUGGGCUGAGAACUGGGUCCUGGAGCCCCCGGGCUUCCUGGCCUACGAGUGUGUGGGCACCUGCCAGCAGCCCCCGGAGACUCUGACCUUCAAGUGGCCGUUUCUGGGGCCGCGGCAGUGCGUCGCCUCGGAGACGACCUCACUGCCCCUGAUUGUCAGCGUCAAGGAGGGAGGCAAGGCCCGGGCCCAGGUGGUCAGCCUGCCCAACAUGAGGGUGCAGAAGUGCAGCUGUGCCUCGGACGGGGCGCCCGUGCCAAGGAAGCUGGAGCCGUAGGUGCUGGGAGUAACCAACGAGGGAUCUAGCUUCUGUCAGAAGUGUCCUAGGCACCAGGAGAGAUGGGGAUUGCUGAGGGGCAAAUGCUCUGUGCUCUCUGCUGAGCUCCGGAUUUGCUUCCUCUGACCAGUCUGGCUUCCCAGGAGCAAGACUCCCUGGCCACUGGGCAGCCCCUGCCCAGUCUCCUCUGUCCUUCAUAUUGUUCACUGCACUAUAUGUUAAGCACUUAACUGUGUAGAUUCUGGAAUCUAGGAGCAGAACCCCAAAGUUGUCAUUGUUUUCUUGUCUUAUCACAGGAUCUGGGCUGAGUUCUGUGAUAUAGGUGGGCGAUCCAGCUGCCGCUCUGGGUUUAAAACCUAGGGUCAAGUAUGGAUUGUGCAACCCCAUCUCAGAUACUAAGGGCCUUUUGAAUGAAACAAAUAAAACACAUUUUAUUCUGUAUUUCUAAUUUUUUUUUUAACCCAAACGUCUGACAAUUGUGAGGGAACAGAGAGUUCUGUGGGGAUUAGAUCAACCUGAU